AUGAAGAAAAUAAUCAGAUAUAUGCAAGAUCAAGCCUUGCAGGCCUCGGAGCAGAAGCACUCCGGAUCGGCAUACCUUUCAUCAAGGGCAACAGAGCCCCAGCAAGGGGAACUCCACCAUCGAGAGCAUACCUCGUACCAUCUGUCUCGCUCCGGACAUCCUAGUAGUGCUUCACACAGCUUCCCGGCACAGGUAUCGGGAGGUGGAGCAUAUCAGGGAAACGGAGAUCCCAGAGAACGGCGAACCCCUUCGCCCCUUUCAGAUAAGAUCCAGCGCGAAAUAAGUCGCCAUCAGUACGCCCAGGACAGCAUUCUGCAGUCCUACGAGCUGUAUCUUCCUGACCAAGAGUCUUUUCAUCCGUCACGAACGCAGGAUUCCAAAUUUUGGAUUGUAUAUGUCCAUGGAGGAUAUUUCCGCGACGACAGUGUGACCGCGGCGAGUUUUCACCCCGCGCUAUCAAUCCUGACGAAAGCGCCGAAACUCCAUCUUCAAUACCUCAUGAAAAACAUUGAAGAGCAGGAGAACAUCAUCCCAUAUGUGGCAGGAUACGCCAGCAUAAAUUACCGUCUCAGCCCGCGCCCAACCAAAUCUCCUCAAGACACACUUACCACGCCCGCAUAUGAACUCCGCAAUGCUGCAUGGCCAGAUCACAUUCACGACGUGCUUGCCGCAAUAGCUCAUCUCCAGCGCAAGCAUGGGUUUGGACAGCGAUAUCUCUUGGUCGGCCAUAGCGUUGGGGCGACCAUGGCUCUUUUGAGCACACUCGCGUCCGGGAAGACAUUUACAACCAGGGCAGACUCGGAGUUGCUGCCGAAGAUCGAGCCUCCAAUGGCAGUCCUCGGCGUGUCGGGCAUUUAUGAUUUCGCGCGUCUGCACCACUCAUUCCCGGUAUAUACCGAGGUUACAGAGAAUGCAAUCCAUGAUCCGAAAGAUGUCGCUCUGGCGAGCCCAACGAGCUAUUCCCUAGCCGAUUACGGCGAAACCUGGGCUCAAAGAGGCACACAGAAGAGAGUCUUGAUUCUCGCCCAUUCGCGCGACGAUGGCAUGGUGGAUUGGAAGCAGGUUGAGGCAAUGGAAGCUGUCUUCGCGCCCAAUGCCCAGGGUGCGCAAACCAACUUUGCAGUUCAAGUGGUGGAGAUGAAAGGACAACAUAAUAAUAUCUGGGGACAAGGAACAGAGUUGGCCAGGGUGAUUCGGGUCGGGCUUGGAGCUUUACGACGACUCGACGGUCUUUGA